GGGGGCUAUUGAUUGGACAUUUUCAUGAUAAAAAUCUUUCUGCCCUUUGGUCUAGCAUCCAGAAACGUCAAAGCCGCUAUUAGGUCAAGCCCAAAUCUGACAGUUCCUACAUUUGUUCAUAAAAACCUAAGAUACUUGUUGCAAUGGUUCAUUCAGUGAUGUUGGGAAUAUUACUUUUACUAGGACUGACAAAAUCCGCAUUUUGUUGCUCCUGUUAUAUGCCCCGUUUUCAAAAUUCCUUUUGCAAUGGGGGAUUUGCAAUAACUGCAAACGUCACAUCCGCUGAACUUUACUUUCGGGAUGGCAGAAGUCUGGAUUCUUACGUCAGGGAAAGCAUCAUCCCCAACAGAAUGGACCGCCAGGAAUACAACUACUCCAUUGAUAUACUCGAAAUCUUUAAGAGGUCUGAAUCUUUUGAGGUGGCAGAUAAAGAUUAUGUGACUUCUGAUGCUUUUGACGGAUCCUGUGGUAUAGAGCUGACUGUGGGAACUGUAUAUUACAUGACGGGCUAUAUCCGAAAUAAUCAUAUGGUGGUGUCUUCCUGUUUCACAACUGUUCCAUUUUCUGAGCUGAAGGAAGGGCAAUUGGCCGGAAUCCGUGGAUUAUAUUCUGCCAACUGUAAAUGCAGGGUAAAUGAAAUGCUUCUGGGACGAUGGAAGAGGAAGCGAGUGUGUCACGCGGAAUGGUAUUCACCGUGCGAGGAGCAGCAAGCUGUAUGUGUCAAAAGAAAGGGAGGGAAAUGUACAUGGCGGUUUCUUGAACGGAAACCGUGUCCUUUAGAUAAAUAAUUGAAAAAAUAUCCUGUCUGAUACCUCAGAGAAAUCAACAACCUAUGUUUGACACUAUUUUCAGGCUUGGUAAUUUAAAUGUGAUAUAGAUGUAGUUUGUUUAGAAAACAUUGUUACAUGAUAUUAUCUUUUUAAUUAAAGUUUUCUUUCAUA